GUAACAAAAAGCCCAUUAAAACACACAAGGCUUGCCUCUUUUCUUCUCGUCUUCAAAAUCAACUGCUCUUCUGCAUUUAUACCCAAAACGACCACCGUCUUCCUUCUUCAAACCCCCCAAAAUCUCCCCCUGCCCUCGUAAUUUCCCUCAUUGUCGAUCCCAUUCCCCAACCGCCCCCGCCUCCACUCCUCUGAUCUUUCUCUCCGUUCACCGUUCCGUCUCCAUCCUCGUUAGGGUUCCCAGCGACUUCACUCCAACUCUGCGCAAUUAGGGUUUCUACCAUAAUUUUUUUGUUCGUUUCGAGAAUUGACGUUAAUUUUUCUCUUUGAACGAUUCGAGAUUAGGGUUUUUAUAUUGAAUGUUGAUUUGAGAUUAGGGUUUCGUUUUUUUAUUAGGAGAGUUUUGUGUUCUAUUCGUAUUUUUAUUUUCCGGUUAGGGUUUUUUUGAGUUCUCGUUGUUGGGCUCCGGUGAUGCCGCGAAGUUCAAGGCACAAGUCAAGCAAGCAUAGUUCUAAGGAUGCUAGGGACUACUCAGAUUCGGAGAAAGAUUCGGGCUUGAAGGAGAAGGAAAAGAAGACUAAGGAGGAGAGCGGUGGUAGGAUUUCGAAGGAGUCGGGAUCCGGUGAGAAGAGAAAGCUCGAUUUGAAGGAGACCAGUAAGGACCUAUGCAGCUCGGGGAAUGGCGAGUAUGUGGAGUACAGCUCCUCAAAGCGGCGCAAAAAUAAGGAAGAUGAUGGAGUGAGCGACAGGUGGAAUGGCGGUGAGGAUCAUGGUAAAGGAGAGAAGAAGUCUAAGUCUUCUAGUGAAUCAAAGAGUAAGAGACGAGAGGAGGUGGAAGAAGAUGAUGCAAAGAGGAGUAGGAGUGAGGGGAAAUAUCGAGAAUCCAUUAGAAAGGAGGAAAGGGAGAAAGAGAAGAAAGUUAAAGAAGGCAAGAGUGAUAGGUUGAUUGAGAGUGAAGAAUACUGUACUGUAAAACAAUCUGCUGAAAAAACUGAAUUGGAUGUACCCGAUCCAUUGCAAAGUCCUGAAUCAGAGAGCCAGCUUGAGAGACGACUUAGGAAAAAGAGAGAUGGUUCUGGUGAUGGGGAUAAGCAUCUGGAAGAUAAUGGAGACAUUUUGGAUAGACGGGUGUCAUUAAGGAAUGAUACUGGCAAGGAUGGAAGAGCAAAAGAUGAGAAGCACAAGGAUGAGAGAUACAAAGACAAGUAUCGAGAAGACAUGGACCGUGAAGAUAAGUACCGAGAUGAUAAAUUGAGAGAUGAUCGACCAGCAAGAGAUCAUGCUAAUAGUAAGUCUAGUGAGAAGCAUGUAAGGGAUGAAAAAGAUGCUGUGGAAGUUCAGCAGAAGAAGUUCAAGGUUCAAGAUAGUGAGCAUGAGCGUGACCAUGACCAUGACCAUAACCAUGAUAGAGAGCGUGAUCGUGAUAGGGAGCGGGAGCGUAAUCGAGAAUUGGAUUUGGGACGUGAUCGAGAGCGCGAGCGUUAUCGUGACCAUUAUCGAGAACGUGACCGCAAUCGUGAUCGUGAUUAUGACCGUGAUCGUUAUUAUGAUCAUGACCGAGAUCGAGAACGUGAUCGUCGUGAUAGGGACAAGGAUAGAGAUCGCGACCAUGGUCGAGAUAUUGAUCAUGACCACGAUGGGUUACAUGAUGAACGGAGUGUUAGAUACAAAGAUAGCAAGGGAAGGAAGAGAUCUCCUGAUGAUCGAGAUGAUGGUAACGAUACUAAAUCUAGAGGUAGCAAAGCACACUAUUCUGACAUGGAAAACAAGUCAUUGACUAGUGGUAGAGUUGAAUUUGAUGCUGAUAGGGGAAAGUCUCAGUCACAACAAGCCAAUGUAGAUGCUGCUAUAGGCAACAACAAGAGGACUUCUCCCAGCUUGAGUUCCCAUGGUGGGACUGACGAGUAUAGACAUUUGAAACAAGAAGAUUCAAAGUAUAGAGAUUCAAUGGCAGAGCAGAGGUCCAAAGCAGUUUCAUCAAGAGAGGUAACUAGUGUUUCUGUGGCAUCUGAGAGAGGUGCCAAGUACAGAGCCAUGGAGAAAUCAAGUAGAGUUGAUGAGGGCCAUUCUGGGGAGUUACCAAUUGAGAGGUCCUCAAGUUCAAAAGCAUCCCCAAUGAGUAUGAUGGAAAGAUCUCCUUCUUCAACAAGUCUUGAGCGGAGAUAUAUGAAUAGAAGUGGUGUUAGGUGGAGCCUUGACAAAGAAGAGACAGGAUGGAGGGGCAGUGCCUCCUUUGGUGGCAGAGAAUUAUCUGCUGUCGAGGAUAGACUAGGUCGAGACUUACCUCCUGAGAGGCCUCUUUUGGAUGAAUCCUUUCAAGCAGAUUCUGCAUUUUAUAAUAGAGGUGGUCAGGGCAACUCGUCUUUCAUUCCGCAGCCACCUGGUUUCAGAGCUGGAAUUGGCAGCCCUUCUUUCAUGGGUUCUUUGGAAGAAGAUAAUAGAAUUAAUAUCAGUGGCCGUUACAAGUGGAGUGGUGAUCUGAAUGUUGGAAGAGGGCAAGCAAAUACUUGGCGGGGUGCCCCAAACUGGUCAUCACCUGUUCCAAAUGGCUUCAUCCCUUUCCCACCUGGGCCAUCCCAUGGUGGUUUUCAAGCGAUGAUCCCACAGUUUCCUUCUCCAUCUCUGUUUGGUGUUAGACCCUCAAUGGAAAUUAAUCACUCUGGGAUUCCGUAUCAUAUGGCUGAUGCUGAAAGUUUUUCCAACCAUUUGCGUCCAAUGGGUUGGCAGAAUAUGAUGGAUGGCUCUGGUCCAGCUCAUUUGCAUGGUUGGGAUGGAAAUAAUGUCGCUUUUAGCGAUGAAGCACACAUGUUCAGGGGCCCUGAAUGGGAGCAGAAUAGGCAUCCUGGGAAUGGUCGGAGAUGGGAUACCAGUUCAGAUGUGUGGAAAGGACAAAAUGGUGAUGUGGACUUGCCCUCAACAUCUCAGAAAGAGGAUCAUCCUGUGCAGGCCCCUCUUGAUGAUGUUUAUGAUGGACAGGAACAUCAGAGGUCUCAAUAUGAAAAUGACAAUAGUGGUGUUCAGGUGAAAGGCCUUGAAAUAAGAUCUGAUGUCAUGUCACCAGUUAAAGAAUCUUCUAGAUUUUCACCUGAGAUUCCACUCAAGGCAGCUGAAUCUUCCGAAAUAUCAAGUGAUAAUGGUGGUGCUCAUUAUUGCCAGCUUUAUCUUUCUAAGCUUGACAUUUCAACAGAACUUGCUGGUUCUGAGUUGUAUGACCAGUGUAUGGGUUUACUGAAUGUGGAGCGAAGUAAAAAUUUGGUUAAAGAUGUAACAAUGCUUGUGAAUUUGAAGAACGGUGGACGAGCAUUACAAAAGGCUUCCAUUGCUGUGCUGAGCCCUUCGCUCAUUCCUGCAACUAAUGCUCUUGUUUUUCAGAAAGCCAUGGACCUCUACAAGAAGCAGAGGCUACAAAUGGGUGCUAUCCCAAAUGUAAAUGGUGGAAUGUUAGCAUUUAUUUCAGCAUCCAAUAAGGAGAAGGGGAAGGAGCAAAGUUCUGAUCAUGUGCUAGAAGAAACAGAGGGGCCAGUUUUGAUUUCUGAUGCAGAAAUGCUGGAUUCAGCAAUGCUGAAUUCAGAUCAGCAGAAAGGAGAAGCUGUUCCAAUUGCUGCUUCUCAGGAGAAUAUGGAGCAGCUAGCUUCACUUCAAAGUGCGGUGUUACCAGAUCAUAUGGAUAUCCUUUCUCCAGAGAAAUCCAAACUGCCAAAAAGUGAUUUUGGUCAAAUGAGCCCAAAGAUGCCUAAACCAGUUUUGAAUGGCAAUAAGGCAGAAGAGAUGGAGUCUGGACAGAUGAAUUCACGGGAUGAUGUAGUUGGAGAUUCUUUACAGUCACCUGAUGAUGCAUCAGAGGCUGUUCUUUUACCUACUGAUGGUGAAAAUUCAAAUGAUAUAAAGAAAAAUGAAGGUUUUGGUGAUGCAAUUAGUGGUUCUUUAUUUUUGUCAGAUGGAUCUGCUAAGGUAUGUGGGGCUUUGAUUCCUGGGUCAAAUGAGUCUGAGUCGGUAAUUUUAAGUCGGAUACAUCAUUCUCCUGAAAAUACACAUUGAGACAAUUUAUAUAUAUAUCCUUGUUCUUUAAUGCGCUUUGCUUAAUUUAUAUGUUUUUAUUGCCCAUCUUUUAUUAAGGAAAUAAAAUGAGAUAUGCCAUUUGGCAUUCCUUGAU